CAAACCAUCUCCCAAGAAUACCUUGUAGAAAUUGCUCACAUAGAAGAAGCCGAAAUCACUAAUAAGAAACAAAAAUUAAAAACUAACAUUACUGAAGAAGUAACAGAAACCAUCGAUAAUAAUGAUGAUAAUCAUGAUACU